CAUCUAGAUACGCCUGGUUGCUGGAUAUCAUCAUAUGUUUCGCAUUUACUUUGAUACUUGGGGACUGGUUCCUCUUGAUAUGUAUGGGUGAUUGAUUGAUCACAUAGUAGAGAAGUCUGGACUAGACGAAAGCAUCAAUCAUCUUACUGUUCAUGUUCAUGUUCUUGUUCUUUUCCUUGCUCUUCUUAUACUCUUCCCUACAACUCAACCCUUACAACGUACAUCAAAGUCGAUCAGCUACUGUUCAGUUGUUCAGCUACCCAGCUACCCAGCUACACAUCUACCUAGCUGCACAUCUACAAUCUACCCAGCUCCCAUCUACUCAUCUACCCAUCUACCCAUCUACCCAUCUACCUAGCUAUCCUUCCACCAUAUAUUACAAUCUCAAUUACAUCCACAUCCACACCCACAUCCAUCCAUGAAAGAAUAACCGCUCGCAAUUAUUACUGCAUCUCAAUUUUAAUUAACAAAACACCUCACUUAUUCCUUUCCAAACUGAUUAUCCAUCUUGUUAUUCUCAUUCCAUUUCUUCCUUCACCCACUCACUCUUUCAUUUCAUCAUCCAUUAAAGGAAACUUCUCCGUUACACAACACAAUCGAUCUCUCGAAUCUACUAGCUAUCUCGGGAUAUCCUCCCAACUUCCAUACAAAGAAAGAAAAAUCAAUUCGACUUUCCACCAACAAUCGAAAAGGAUCUCGGGCCUCUCUCACCCAAUUUCAUACAUACAAAACGAUCUUCACAAUCGAUCUUCACAAUCAAUCUUCACUUACUUAUUAGUAAUCCUAAUCUUACCUACGAAGAAAACAAACUACCCACCCCCAAAACAAGAGCUGAGCCUUGCUUAUAUGGUGACGACGAAAGCUAUAUCACCGACUCGCAACCCCACAAUUCGCGCAAACAAACCUACCGCAUAUAUACAUACAUACAUACGAAGUACAUACAUACAUACCUAUCAUAUCUACACAUGAGACUCGAGCUUUCAACACAACCCACACUGCUCAACAACAUUGUUUUCCAUUUGGCGCAAACCUGCGCGGUGGCGCCAGUGAUCUUUGGGUGUGCACGAGAUGUCUGCCUUUGUCCGUGUCUCCGGACCACCAAACAGUAAUUUUCUGGUUGGUUAUCCGGGUAUUUCUGCCACGCUUCCUAGGAUAGAGGGUAAAGUAGAGAUUCGACCCCUCACUGGAAUUUCUGCGCCGAUAGCGAUAUCCUUGGUACGAAUAUGUUUACAGCGAAGGGAAACGGUUCAUCCAUCUGCGGAAUCGAUAGCGAAGAAACAUUUGGGAACACCUCGAAGAGAAACGACAGAUGUGGUGGGGAAAGAGUUGUUAUUAUUUCGAUGUACGGCUGGAAAAGAGAGCGAAAGUGUGGUUCUGAUGGAUUUACCUUUCGUAUUAUUCAUACCAUUUGGAAGGGGUGGAGAGGAAUCGAAUCGAAGAAUCCCACCGGCGAGUUUACAAUUACCAAGUCGCACGGCGGAAACUUAUUAUGAGUUGGUGGUUACGGUUCAACAAGGACAAGAUCAAAAGAAAUUCGCAUUUCCAGUCCCGAUGCAGAGAUAUGAUACUCUCUCAACUUUCGGCAUGUACAAUCGUCCUGAAUCUGCAGAGAAGAAUACGGAUCAUCUGGUUACUCUGAGAAUUACAAUACCUCGAUGGUCAUUUGGCCCUUCGGAUCCCGUCAGCGUGUAUAUUCAUUUGUUUCCAAACUCCCUUUACAUAAAGAAAGCUACAAAAGUAGUCAUACAAAAGAUUACCAUUGGCAUAGAAGAGGAAAUCACAUAUAAUCCGGAAGGAGAUGAACCAACGAAAAAAAUCAAUCGCAUAGCUAAGCAGACGGCGACGGUGGGAGCAAAAUUACCAGAGGCAGGAUAUUUCACGACUCUAGGGCUGAUAUAUCCAUCGAAGGAUUUGAGAGAUUCGGAGGGAAUUAUUAGGAGAGGAAAAGCUGCAUUUCCAAUGCAUUUUGUCAAUUCGUUUACGACCACGGGGACCUUGUACAAGAUUGAGUUUUUUCUCGUUAUAAAGGUUCACCUCUCCGGUGCUCGUGACAUUACUCAUCGUCAACCAAUUACUGUAUGUCCAUUGAAUGAACAAGAGUGUAAAGAGGAAAUGGAUGCAAUUGAACAAGCAGCAAAAGAUGCAUCACAUGUGGAUCCGACGAAUCCAAUGUUACCCGCCUGCACAAUUAUAAAGGCGAAAGAUCCAAGUGCUUUGAGAGCAUUAGGUUGGACAAUGGUAGGAGGUUUCAGAAAGAUGGUUAUUGAAUGAAAGGAUGAGGGAAUGAAUGAAGCUUUGAAAUCGUCAUGAGGAGAUUUUGUUGGAUAAUCACGAGAUUAAAGUGAUUUAGAAUUAAGUGGUCUUGGAUUCGAUUCGAAAAUGAUUAUUGAGGAAUUGUUGGGCCGAGAUUUAUUCGGGGAGGCGAAUGCGCACGAUAGCUCGCAGCAUCGAUAGAUGUAUGCAAAAUCGGCAGAACGUUCAUACCAAGGCGACAAGCUUCAUGAGAAGUAUCACACCAGAUCACGAUACCAAGGUUGGAUAAGAACGAGCAUGAUGUGGUGAGGGUGUAAAUGAUUUUUGACCUUGAAUAUUAGGUUCUGGCCAUGGCAAUCAAUCAAGCGGUAUUGGAGGACAAAUUUACCCAGGCGAACAAUCGAAUAUGAGUUGAUGAGAGUGGAAGGGGGGAGAAAUAAUGGAAUUGGUUGAGUUGGAUUAGA